ACACACACUCACACACACUCACCUCCUCCAGCCCCACCGCCCCCACCAUGGCCGCCUCCACCCUGUCCGGCUGCUCCAGCAACCUAAGCUACGGCAGCCACGUCUGCCUGCCCGGUUCCUGUGACUCCUGCACCGGCUCCUCCUGGCAGUGGGACGACUGUCCAGAGAGCUGCUGCGAGCCCCCCUGCUGCGCCCCCAGCGGCUGCACCCCCGCGCCCCGCCUGGCCCUCGUCUGCACCCCAGCGAGCUGUGAGCCCAGCCCCUGCCUGUCAGGCUGCACCAGCUCCUGCACCUCCUCCCCCUGCCAGCCGGCCUGCUGUGUGCCCGUCUGCUGCAGGCCCGUCUGCUGCAGGCCCGUGUGCUGCAGGCCCGUCUGUUGCACACCCGUCUGCUGCACGCCCGUGUGCUGUGAGGCCUCCCCCUGCUCGGCCUCCUCGUGCUGCCAGCCCUGCCCCUGCCCCUCGUCCUGCUACAGACCCUCGUCCUCCGUGUCCCUCCUCUGCCGGCCCGUGUGCCGCCCCGCCUGCUGCGUGCCCGUCUCCUCCUGCGGGGCCCCCGCCUCCUGCUGCCAGCCCAGCUGCUGCCGCCCGGCCUCCUGCGUGUCCCUGCUCUGCCGCCCCGCGUGCUCCCGCCCCGCGUGCUGCGUGCCCGUCUCGGCCUGCGAGUCCUGCUGCUGACCGGGCCCGUCCCCCCAGGGCCAGCGGGCUCAGGUCCCCCCCGUGACCUGGUCCUCCCAGCCUCCCCUCAGUCCCGACCAGGGUUAGGUGGCUGCCCCCACUCAGGACAGGGUCCCCUCAUGUCCCCACUAUCCUGACCUGACCUCUGAGCCCUGCUCCCAGGGCUCCUGCCUCCCAGGAGGCGCCUCCACCCUCCCCUGGGUCACCUCCCCUCCCUCUCCGUUCCUCUGCCCGGGUCCCUCGGCCUGGACUUCCAACCUGCCAGCACCUCCUUGGCCACCUGGAGAAAUAAACUCCCUUUUCACCUGA